GCGCUGGACGCGAGCGGCGAACCCGCAGAGCCAGUUUCGCUUUCAGGUUGGCGGGGAGAGUGUUUUAGUGGGAAGGAGCCUGUCCCGUGUGUCUUUCAAAACCAACCCGCUCCUAAAGCGUCCCCUGACUGUGGUGGAAGCUGCCGCAUGGAGGAAAAGUAAUUCUUUUAGAAUAACACCGAAAAACGUGGGUGGAAGUGCGUGUGAUUCCUUUAUUUCACUUUGAAAGCCAGCUGCGGCUUUACAAGCUGCAGGGAAGUUCUCUCCGUUUAAAACCAAGGCUGUUUUUCAGGUCGGAAAGCUGCAUUAAUUUGUUUACUUCGUUUUUUGAAAAAGUUAUUUAUAGCGGCCUGAUUUUGUUCCAUAAGGAACGGAAUAAUAAGUUGAAGAGAGAGUCUAGCCCAGAAAAUUACAAGGGACCUAAAACGGCGAUAGGCUUAAGGAGAAACAAAAGGCCAGUGUGUUAGGUCGGUGAUCAUCACUAGCGGCUUCUGCCCAGGGCUCCUUCUGAGGAAGAGAGGAGCGAUGGUCUCGGGAAGCGCAGGCAGCCUAGGGACCUGGCCACGUCCUCCCUUGCCCUAAAGAGCAGUUUAAAUCCUAGUACUGAGCGUGCAGCCACAGCGCAGUGGGGUCCUGGGCUGCAACCGAGGGGUCUGUGUGCUGUGGGUCCCAAAAGAACCACAUGGCAGUGGUGGGUAAUGAUGAACGUGAGCACAAAAGUUCCCUUGGCUUUCAUCUUUCUUUUUAAAGUUUGGUUUGAUUCUGCAAGGCUCUUGAUACCUCCUGCAAACUGCUGCUGCAUACCUUCGUUUCCCAGAGUCUCCCCUCUUGUGUGAAACCCCCUGGGGAAGAGGCUAUGGACAAAACCAUUGGCAAACAGCAGAAACUGGCUUCAGACAAAAUGCUGUCAUACAUAGCAAAUGAAGAGACAGGAAAAAACAUUUCUGUAAUUUUCCAGCUGAGAUUUUACUUGUAAUAAGAGUGGAAGGCCCAUUUCCAGAUAGAGGCAGAGCUUACUUCACGAGCAGAAAGGAAAAGACGUGAUUCAUUCGGGAUGUUUGACGGUUAUGAUAGUUGUAGUGAGGACACCAGCAGCAGCUCCAGUACAGAUGAAAGCGAAGAAGAAGUUUCUCCUUUGCCAUCUAGUCUCCCGAUUAUAAAGAACAAUGGACAGGUCUAUACUUAUCCCGAUGGCAAAUCUGGCAUGGCUACUUGUGAGAUGUGUGGAAUGGUUGGUGUCCGCGAUGCUUUUUACUCUAAAACAAAACGCUUCUGCAGUGUGUCGUGCUCUAGAAGCUAUUCCUCAAACUCCAAGAAGGCCAGCAUUCUGGCCAGGCUUCAGGGUAAACCUCCAACAAAGAAGGCUAAAGUUCUACAAAAACAACCCUUAGUGGCUAAGUUAGCAGCAUACGCUCAGUAUCAAGCAACUUUACAAAACCAGGCAAAGACUAAGGCAGCUGUCCCCGUGGAAGGUUUCAGCUGGGGUAACUACAUCAAUAGCAAUAGCUUUACAGCAGCUCCUGUUACAUGUUUUAAACAUGCACCAAUGGGGACGUGCUGGGGUGAUAUCUCAGAAGGAGUGCGCGUGGAGGUUCCAAACACAGACUGCAGCCUACCUACCAAAGUCUUCUGGAUAGCUGGAAUUGUAAAAUUAGCAGGGUACAAUGCUCUGCUAAGAUACGAAGGCUUUGAAAGCGAUUCAAGUCUUGACUUCUGGUGCAACGUUUGUGGGUCUGACAUCCACCCAGUUGGUUGGUGUGCAACCAGCGGGAAGCCCCUAGUCCCUCCUCGAUCCAUCCAACACAAAUACACAAACUGGAAAGCUUUUCUAGUGAAACGACUUACUGGUGCCAAAACACUUCCUCCUGACUUUUCUCAGAAGGUGUCUGAGUGUAUGCAAUAUCCGUUCAAAACUUCCAUGAGAGUAGAAGUUGUUGACAAAACACAUCUUUGUCGAACGCGGGUAGCGGUGGUAGAGAGCGUCAUUGGAGGACGGCUAAGAUUGGUGUAUGAAGAAAGUGAGGACAAAACCGAUGACUUCUGGUGCCACAUGUACAGUCCGCUCAUUCAUCACAUUGGCUGGUCUCGAAGUAUAGGACAUAGAUUCAAAAGAUCUGAUAUUACAAAGAAACAAGAGGAACAUUUUGAUGCGCCCCCACACUUAUUUAUGAAGGUAAAAGAGGUUGACACAGCUGGGGAAUGGUUUAAAGAAGGAAUGAAAUUGGAAGCUAUAGACCCUUUAAACCUUUCAGCAAUAUGUGUGGCAACUAUAAGAAAGGUUUUAGCAGAUGGCUAUCUUAUGAUUGGGAUUGAUGGCUCAGAAGCAGCAGAUGGGUCUGAUUGGUUUUGUUACCAUGCUACUUCCCCUUCUAUUUUCCCUGUUGGUUUCUGUGAAAUUAACAUGAUUGAACUAACUCCACCCAGAGGUUAUGCAAAACUCCCUUUCAAAUGGUUUGACUACCUCAGGGAAAGCGACUCAAUAGCAGCACCUGUAAAGCUCUUCAAUAAGGAAGUUCCAAACCAUGGGUUUCAUGUUGGAAUGAAACUGGAGGCUGUAGAUCUCAUGGAACCUCGCCUAGUAUGUGUAGCCACAGUAACUCGCAUUAUCCAUCGCCUGUUGAGGAUACACUUUGAUGGAUGGGAAGAUGAAUAUGACCAGUGGGUGGAUUGUGAGUCUCCAGACCUCUAUCCAGUGGGAUGGUGUCAGCUAACUGGGUAUCAACUACAGCCUCCAGCACCACAAACAUCAAGAGAUAGCCAAUCAAGUUCAUCAAAACAGAAGAAAAAAGCUAAGUCACAACAGUACAAAGGACAUAAGAAAAUGACUUCAUUACAGCUGAAGGAGGAGAUGCUGGAUGGAGAAGAGUAUAGCUUCCUUCAAGGAGCAUCCGAUCAGGAAAGCAACGGAUCUGCCAGUUACUACAUCAAACAAGAACCAUAAAGGUGGAGCUGACAGAAGCGAGGAGCAGAAUAUUGGUGAUAGGAAAAGAGCCUUUCUCCAAGACUGACUGAUUUUGUUCCCACUUUGACGGGACAGUUUGGAUGGCUGUGUCCGGGGCACUUUGCUGACUGUAGAUGAGUUACACUCAGUUCAGAAUUUUUUGGAAGGACGGGGAAACUAUUUUAGUGAAAAAGAUUUUUCAAUUUAUUAAAAACAAAAAUGGACACUUUUGUGUUGUAUUUGAAGCUUUUGAAAGAAUUUUGUAAUAUUUUCAAGUUCAGAUUUAUUGUGCAUUGUUAACAAGAACUGAAAUUCUAAUUUUUUGGUGAGAUUAAUUAGCAGGACUGUGGGAAACUGUUGGAGAAAGAUAUAGUUGCAAGUACAAAUGAACUGUCGUAACAAAUGAACCUUUUUUGGUACAAGUCGGGAGACUUUUAGACUCUUGUGAACUGCACUGGUCACACCUCUGAUUUCUAUUGUGAAAAUAAGGAAUUUAAGCCCUAAUUUAGAGGCAUGAAUUGUAGGUGGGAGAUAGUUCUGUAAAGCUCUACUCAGUGAGUAGCCCCAGUUGCAAUGGAGCCAUCACAUGAGAGAGAUUUUAACUUUUUGAGAUGUUUUUAUU